CCCAGGCACUGUCGACGUCGCUGGUUGCGCGGCUGAAAAACUCGCCGAACCCGCUCUUCAUUGCUUCGCUGCCCGCCAGAGGCUCUAAGAGAGCCGCGUCGACCCGUGUCAACUACGCCGAGGACUUCGACAUGGAGCUCGAGGACGACCAGGACCAGGACUACGACGAGGACGGGGCUUUGGUUUCGCGGUCGAACAUGAGUGGUCCAGGCAUGAGCAUGGCGUUUUUACAGGGCAAAGACGCUCCUAGAGAGAAGUACAAGACAGUGUUUAGCGAGGCGGAGAACCUGGCCAACUGCUCCGUUCCUGAGCAAUUGGUGCCCAUUAAAUUGAACAUCGAGACGAGCGGGACGCGCGUGAACGACAUGUUUAUGUGGAACUUGAACGAGUCGCUCAUCACUCCCGAGCUCUUUGCGACUAUUAUGUGUCAGGAGCUGGAUCUGCCGAAAUACAGCGAGGCCACGAUCGCAGGCCAGAUUCGCGACCAGCUGGAGUCGUAUCGCGCGGUCGCGACCGUGCCGAUGCCGCAGCUGUCGCAGGAAAAGGAGCUUCAUGCGAUUCUGGACAUUUCGAUCAGCCUCGACAACACGCUCUACGAAGACAAGAUCGAGUGGGAUAUCUUAAACAGCGCCAUCACGCCCGAGGAGUUUGCGCGCACCGUGGUGGCGGAUAUGGGGCUUCGCCGGGAGUUCCAGAAUGCCAUUGCGAUCUCGCUGCACGACGCCAUUUUCAAGCUUAAGAAGGAGUUCCUGGAGAAUCCGCAGCAGAUCCUGUUCAACAACGAGAGUUUGCCGCUGCUCAACAAGGUAUACCAGCCGCCUGCACCGGACACGGGCAACGGCUCGCCUGGCGUGGUGUCGCUUGAGCUGCAGGGCAUGCGUUUCGACAGCAAGAAGUACGGAGCAGACUUUAGCCCUCGGGUGGAAACCCUUACACCGUGGGAGAUCGAGAAGCGGGAGAUCGAAAGAGAGCGUAAUAUCCGGCGUCUCAAGAGAGAAACAAUGCGUGUGAGCGGGAUAGGAAGCUCGAUGAUGGCUCCUGCUCCAGCAAAUGAUAGAAACGCCAACUCGAAGCGCAAGUACGACGAAUUGGAAGGAACGUGGAAAUUCGAUAAAUAAAUAGAUUAUGUAACGGUGAAGAAUGGUGUAUUUUUUGAAUUUCAUGUCAAUAACCAAUGUCCCGGUGCUGAAGCGCGCGCGACUCUACAUUGCGACGAAUCGCCGGCUGGUGGCUGUUCUUGUGGUGCUGUUGUACUGGGUAGUCCAGAACGUUUGGACGUGGAGCCCUGGAACGCGCGAUUUGGCCCAAGUGGACGCGAAGAUCGAGGCCGAGCUAAGCUCGAAUCUACAUACUUUUGGAGCGCAUUUGCGCCACCUAAACCGGCUUCCGGCAGAGUCGGCCACCCUACGUGAGAAACUCACUUUCUACUUCCCCUAUUACCCUGAAAAACCGGUGCCGAACCAGAUCUGGCAGACAUGGAAGGUCGAUCUCGAAGACGACGACUUCCCGAAGCAAUACGGACGGUUUCAAAAAACGUGGGUCGAGAAAAAUCCAGAUUACGUGUACCACCUGAUUCCGGACUCUGUGAUUGAGGACUUUGUGGCGAGUCUGUACGCGAACGUGCCAGAGGUUGUCAGAGCGUACCAGCUGCUUCCAAAAAAUAUCAUGAAGGCAGAUUUUUUCCGGUAUUUGGUGGUCUACGCGCGCGGAGGCACCUACUCGGACAUGGACACGGUGUGUUUGAAGCCGAUCAAGGACUGGGCCACGUUUGACCGCGACCUGAUCCACGCUGCCGACAAUAAGGCCGAUCUUUCGCUGAUAGAUCCAGAAGCAAGGACCACGCCUGUGGGGCUGGUGAUCGGCAUUGAGGCCGACCCGGACAGGCCGGACUGGCACGAGUGGUUCUCGCGCAGACUGCAGUUCUGCCAGUGGACGGUCCAGGCGAAGCCGGGACACCCGAUGCUGCGCGAGCUGAUCAUCCGGAUCGUGGAGGAGACGUUCCGCAAACAGCACAUGGGCGUUUUGAAGAGAGUGGAAGGCAAGGACUCGGGCGCAGACAUCAUGCAGUGGACGGGGCCAGGGAUAUUUACGGACACUCUGUUUGACUAUCUGAACAAUGUGGCGAGCGACGGCAAGCUGGGCGACGGGUACGGCGUGGGGUCGUUGUUCUGGCGCAGACACGGCAAAUACAAGCUGAAAAAGACGGAAAUUGGCAAGAACAACGAGCCACUGCAUUCUGAGGACCAGCUGAUCAACUGGAGGUCGCUGACCAACAUGGACAAGCCAAAGAUCAUGGGGGACGUAAUGGUGUUACCGAUCACGAGCUUCAGUCCGAACGUGGGGCACAUGGGCUCAAAGAGCAGCUCAGACAGGCUGGCGUUUGUGGAGCAUUUAUUUUCUGGCAGCUGGAAGCCAAAAAACAAAUAGGAAAAAUAAAUAAUUAGCUGCAUUUCAAAUAAUUAUCAUGAGCAGGCAC